CUCUCUCUCUCUCUCUCUCUCUUUCUCUCUCUCUUCCUCGCUCCCUCUCUUUCUCUCCUCCCUCUACCUUCCCCGUGCAUAAAGUCUCCGUCGCUCCUGGAACUUGUUGGCAAUGCCUAUUUUUCAGCUUUCCCCCGCGUUCUCUAAACUAACUAUUUAAAGGUCUGCGGUCGCAAAUGGUUUGACUAAACGUAGGAUGGGACUUAAGUUGAACGGCAGAUAUAUUUCACUGAUCCUCGCGGUGCAAAUAGCGUACCUGGUGCAGGCCGUGAGAGCAGCGGGCAAGUGCGAUGCGGUCUUUAAGGGCUUUUCGGACUGUUUGCUCAAGCUGGGCGACAGCAUGGCCAACUACCCGCAGGGCCUGGAUGACAAGACCAACAUCAAGACCGUGUGCACAUACUGGGAGGAUUUCCACAGCUGCACGGUCACAGCCCUUACGGAUUGCCAGGAAGGGGCGAAAGAUAUGUGGGAUAAACUGAGAAAAGAAUCCAAAAAUCUCAACAUCCAAGGCAGCUUAUUCGAACUCUGCGGCAGCGGCAACGGGGCGGCGGGGUCCCAGCACCCGGCGCUCUCCGUGCUCCUGGUGGCCCUCUUGGCAGCUUUAGCGACCUGGCUUUCCUUCUGAGCGCGGGGCCCGCGUCCCCCGCGCGCCCUCGCACACUCACGCCAUGCUCCCGGAAACCGAGAGGAAGAUCCAUUCGUUCUUUGGGGACGUUGUGAUUCUCUGUGAUGCUGACAACACUCAUAUAGGAUUGUGGGAAAUCCUGAUUCUCCUUUUGAUUUCGUUUGAUUUUUUGUGUUUUAUUUGCCAAAUGUUACCGAUCAGUGAGCGAGCAAGCCAGCACAGCCAGAAUCGGACCUCAGCUUCAGUCCGUCUUCCCACAGAAAUACGAAAACGGCAAACCCACCCCAUGUUUUAAAUUUUUAUUUUUUGGCACAAGAAUCUCAGGAACGGCCCUGGGCCACCUACUAUAUUAAUCAUGUUAAUACAUGACAAAUUACGGGCUCCUCCUAACAGGAAAGAGGGGAGAGGAGAAGGCCAGGGGAAUGAAGAGAGAAGCAUCUCGUGAAUAAUUCACGCUCACGUCUUUCUAACACAGUAUCUUGUUUUGAUCAUUUCCACUGCACAUUUCUCCUCGAGAAGAGUGAAAGGACGGAUUGUUGGCCUUGAGUUUUAAGGCUAGGAGGGAGAGAGGAAAGGGGUUGAGGAAACCUCGGGUUAGAGGUACAGGCUGCCAGAAAACACGCUGCUGAAAUCACUGAGAGGUUAAGCUUUACCUGCUCGUGUUGAUGCAUCUUUCCAAGUCCACUGCCUUGAUUUUCCCUCUUGUUUUAGCUGUUACACACACAGUAAUACCUGAAUAUCCAAUGGUAUAGAUCACAAGGGGGGGGGUGUUAAAUGUUAAUCUAAAAUAUAGUUAAAAAAAGAUUUUGACAUAAAAGAGCCUUGAUUUUAAAAAAAAGAGAGAGAUGUAAUUUAAAAAGUUUAUUAUAAAUUAAAUUCAGCAAAAAAAAUUUGCUACAAAGUAUAGAGAAGUAUAAAAUAAAAGUUAUUGUUUGAAA